CUUGGAACGAACAUGAACUGUACCGAGCCCUUAUGAUUUGUUGAUUGAUCUUUGUUUUUACAAAAAGUCGAUUCUGGUUUUACCGCGUCAUGAAGAUGUUGUAAAUGAAAUUAAUAAAAUACUAGAACUCUUCUAAUAUGUGUUUUUCUCAUUGACAACAGGAAGUCCGUUGAUCACGUGGUAUUGUUGUUAAGAUGGCGUCUCCCAGUGGAGGUGAAGAUUUUGAAACUUCUCUGCUGAGUUUUGAAAAGUUAGAUCGUGCAUCUCCAGAUCUGUGGCCAGAACAAUUGCCGGGAGUAGCAGAAUUUGCAGCCUCUUUUAAAAGUCCCAUUACCAAUUCCCCUCCCAAAUGGAUGGCAGAACUGGAGAAUGAUGACAUUGAAAUGUUAAAAGAAUUGGGGAGCCUGACAACUGCAAAUCUGAUGGAGAAGGUGAAAGGACUCCAGAAUCUGGCUUAUCAGCUUGGGCUAGAAGAGUGAGGAAACUUGGGAUGAACUGAAAACGAAUGAAUGACCGGAGCAGAAGAGCAAUCGCUGGAAGUCUCGCGGGAGACAGCAGGCUUCACUUCAUCAUUGUGUCGGGCUCGGCUACAGAGGAAUCGUGACAGCAAGAACAGCUGUAAAAAAAAAUACAAAAUUCUCUAAAGAAGCAUGUGGGUUAUUUAAUAAACGUUGAUAAAUAUAAGCGAGUCAAAUCUUGGUUUAAGAAUUAGUUUAGGCUGGGUGUUGAUGGUCAGGACUGUAGGUUGAACGAUUGCCUUGGGGCCAGCAGGUUCUGUUUAGAUUCUGGUGAAAGCAUCAUCUACCAGUGCUCAAGUUUAUCAGGUUCAUUUGAGCAUCCCUGCAAAAAUUGCUGUUCACUGAAUUCAUCAGUUUGGGAAAUCCAUAAAUCAGGGUUUGCUGCUCUACCAUUUAGUUCCCUCCUCCUGACCAGCUGAUCUGGAGAGCAGCUCUCCGUUAAGAGAGCGCUCCUGAAAACGUCUCAAGAUCUGGAUUACUGGUAUUCAGCCUUAAAGGACUGUUAAACACAGGCAAGGAAGCUAAAUCGCUGAAGUAUAUUAAAGCAUUAAAAAAAAAACUGGUAAACAAUGGUAAAACAAAGCAAACGCACAGUACGGGGGGAGCAUUGUAAACCACAAAACUAAAGUGCAGAUUCACCAUUGUAAACUACAAGGCAAGUGCCCUGUUAGUGAAUGCUAAGCAAGCCUGAAGAAAUCAUCAGAAAGAUCAAGCCCUCCGUCCCCCACCCCCACCUCAUCGUAAUGAGCACUUUAAAAAGUAAAUCAAGUUGGAAAAGAUCUCUCCUCUCUCCUCCUGUAAUUUCUUCUAAUAUGAAAACGAUAUCACCGCGGCAGUAAUUACGGGUCAUCCUAAUUUAUUUCAUAGCUCUUGAUUUCUGAUGGUUUUAUUCCUUUUAAGGAAAGGCUUCAGUGUUGGGCGCUGUGAUUAUUUUGUUAAACGUUAUUCGAAUAGACAGCAGUGAGAGAAAUUAAUCAAUCUGAAUCCAAUUAGCAUCAUGUUUAACCUGAUGAUGGACACCUCAAGGUGAAACAGCCACAGAGCUUUUCCUACAUUAUUAUUCAGAGCAGCUCGCCUCAUCUAAAUUACAAUCCAGUGUGCUUUUUCAUUAGCUUCAGAGGAGUAGACGGGUAACCCUUUCACAGACCUGUGUUCAGGAACACAUAUUCACUGCUAAAGUUUCUAGAAAGCUUAAUCGGGUAAUAUCAGCGUAAAUGGUUUUAAUUAUCUUCCACGGUAAAGAAAUUGCAAAUUAACCUUUUUUCUUUUGUAAACCAUUGACUAUUUUACCUAUCAUAUCAAUAUCACAGAGUUUGGUGGUGUGAUAAAGAAAUCUGUAUCUCUACUAACUAAUGUAUAAAACUACCAGGGAGCUAACCUGAAAUGUUAGUAUUUGCAAUGUAAUGGACAUUCAAAUAAGUGACACAUAUGUCGAGGCAUAACGUUCUGCCAAAAUAGUAUAGAUUCUAAAGACUUGAUCUAUAAACCGUACUUGCAUGCUUACACAUUCAGGACAGAACAGGAGCUGGACUGUGCUUCUUAACAGUGCAGGAGCUGGACUGUGCUUCUUAACAGUGCAGGAGCUGGACUGUGCUUCUUAACAGUGCAGGAGCUGGACUGUGCUUCUUAACAGUGCAGGAGCU